GGAGAGGGGGAGGCAGAGAGAGAGAGAAAAAGGAAGCUCUCCGAUAAGUUUUUGUGUAUAUUUCUCCAAAGUUACACCAACUUUCACACAGCAGAGGUAUGACUGGAGGCCUUAUGGGGACCAACAUGCUGAAGAGAGAGAUCUGAAGGGAAGGACGGCCAGCAGUUUCUCAGUAGUUGUGCACAACUGAUGACACCAUCAAAUAUUAACACUUUUUAAGGCCUUGGGCCUCGAGUGGCUGUAGAGAGAUCCUGGACAGAGAAAAAGAGAGAGACAAUGUCCUCUGACUUGGACUCCAGUCUCACCAGUAUUGACUGGCUGCCUCAGCUGGGAAUCAGCAGCCUGCGCUCGGGGAGAGAAAGAGGAGGAGGGGAGAGGGACAAGAAGAAAGACAGAGGGAGGGAGAGGGGAGACUUCCUACCCUCGGUGCCGGACCCCUCCCCGUCUAACUCUAAAGGGAAACCCCCUCACAGCUAUGCCACACUCAUCGCCAUGGCAAUAGCAGCUGCACCUGAGAGGAAGCUGAGUUUGAAUGACAUCUACACCUGGAUCAGUGACACUUUCCCCUACUACAGCCGAGCCGGCCGCGGAUGGAAAAACUCCAUUCGCCAUAAUCUGUCCCUUAAUAAAUGCUUCAGGAAAGUUCCUCGGCCACAGAAUGACCCUGGAAAGGGUUCCUAUUGGACGAUGGAUGGACCUGCAGAGGUGAAUCAAGGGCGGGCACCCAAACGUCCCUAUCCAGAGGAGGAGGAGGACAGACAGGAUGGGACACAAGCAGAGAGAGGACCCUCACCUCAUCAACCACAACCAAUCUCCCACACAGACCACCAGCUUCUUAACACAGAGCCACUGGGAGCCAUCCAGUCACCCCAGUCUGUCUCCCUCUCUCCUCCCCCAUGCAAGCAACCGUCACCCUACAUACCAAGCCCCGUGUCCAGUCUCCCUGUCCCCCAUCCAUCCGUCUCUCCCUCAGCUGGGCUCCCACCUGCCGCCCCCAUGUCCUCCAUCAAUUCUUUCCUGCCUCCCCUUCCAACAGGCCCCACUUUCUCCAUCCCCACUGUCUCUGCUACACCUCUGUCUGCUGCCAGCAUGUCUACAACCACUCCAGCUGCACCCUCUUUCUCUGAUGCCGCUCCGUCCUUUCCUGCUAACCCGGGGUCCGUAUCUGUUUCCACUUUCUCCUGCACUCCCAACUCGGCCCCCGCGUCCGUUUGCACCGUGUCGGGGCCCACCCACUCUUCUGUGUCUGUUGUCCCCGUGUCUGUCGCCGCCCCUCCUCUUGUCUCUUUAAACUCCUCCACCGAUCCCACGCUCCGUUUCACCUUUGACGAGCUGAAUUUGCCAGACUUGUACGCAUCUUUCAAGUCUCUCGUCAAGACCAUGCGGGAGAGGGGAGGCUCACAGUCGGAUUUUGCUCCCCUGGCUGUUCUGAGCAAUGACACUACCCCACUUCACACUCCAACUCUGCUGCCAAUGUCUCCUCACCCUGCACCUGCACCACCUGCACCACCUCCAGCAGCCUCACACCCUCCUGAGACAGAACGCGUUUCACAACACACGGUGCCACCUGACUGGUUCAGCAAUCCAGAUUCUCUGAAGGAGAGCUUCCGCAUUGCCAGCAAUCUAGACUGGGCAAACAUAGACCUCUCUGGUCACCCAGACCUCUUGGAGAGCAUGCGCCAGGCGGAGCUCUGCGACUGGGCCCUGGACCCGGCGCUCUUCACUUCCCUCUGUGACUCUCUGAACCGCUUCUUCACGCAGAAAGGCAUGAUCACCUCUGGGAAUAACUCCCCACUAUCCCUCGGUGGACCUCACUCCUUACAGGUCCCGCCUUUCAACUCUAAUCCACCUCCUACCCUCGCCAGCCUCACUCACCCCUCGCCCCUCCCCUACUCUCCGGUAGCUCCCCCCAUUAGUGGAGCACAGCCGCCCCGGAGGGCUCUGCACAUGCAGGGUCAGGGUCUUCAAAGACCACAGCUAACACAACCUGCAAACACGACCGCUGGGUUGCAGCCUCAGUCUAUGACACUACGACAGCGUCCUCCCCUAAAGAGUCUGCACAGCAACAGUGAGGAGAUCCAGGAUGACUUUGACUGGGAUUCUCUGCUCAUUUGACCCUCACUGUGUGGAGAAACAACUAAAACAGAACUUUUUAGAAAAAUGUGGCUCCUCACAGACAUCUUCAUUAAACUCUGUGCAGAACGUUCUCUGAGAGCAAGUUUGGGAUCAAGUUUUUCCACAUAUGACUGAAUGCUGUAUUUCAAGGUUGAAAAAGUUGUAUGUUUUUUCACCGUUAUUCCAACUCAUAUGCUGUAAUAAUUUUCUUUAGCUUAUCUUCUGCAGGUUAUUGGCAGGGUGUUUUUUCUGUUUGAUAGAUUUCUAAAAAUGUUGACCAAAGAAAAUAAAGUGUACAUUUAUUCUUGUCAAAUUAUUGCACUCUCCAGUAAGAAAUAUA